UCUUGUACAUUAUUUUGAUCUGUGAUUCCCGUGUGUCACGAUCAAACGCGAUAUAUGUCUCAUUUUCAAAAGAUAUAGACUUGUCUUGCUUCUUUGUUGUAUCAUUCAGCGUCGUUGUUUGCACACAUUCACACGCCGUGUGUACUUGGACGAGCAACAGAGACGCAUUAUCAGACAAUGUCUCUUGAUCCAGACACUGUUCGAACGAGUCGUAAAUAUGAACACCCAGCAAUGGUUUCAAUUUCGUUAUUUCUUUUGCUCAAAGUUUAAAAAAAAAACGGCAAAACAUUCGAAAAUUCCGAUACACAAGACCAUUGACACACAGCUGACCUCUUUCGAUCUCCAAAUGCCAUACACUCACACUCAAACAAUGUAUUUCAUAAAGGCAGAUGCUUUCAAUAUUCGGUUCUAUUUCAUUGCAUCUUUUUCUACCAAUUAAUUUCAUGUCAUUUCUUUUCAUUUUCCCAUUUAUUGCAUGUAAAUCGUUCUUUCCUGCAUGUCAAUCGUUCGUUUUCGAUUGCAAUACCCUUGAACUGAAGAUGCCACCACUCGCGACAGCGACACAAAGAGAGAGAGAAAGAGAGAAAUCCAAACAACUGCAUCUGUGAUAUCGUCCAACUGUCAAAUUGAUUCUGGCGCGCAAAUCUCUCAUUCUCCAAUUGUGUUUGUUGUUGUAGCCAAACGUCAGUUUGUGUCGCUACGGUCUAUUGUAUCGGUUCAUUUGCAAGCAAAGCAGUCGCUAUUUGAUUCGUAUCCUUCAUUAAUCGUUCUCAGAGUUUUUUCUUGCGAUAAAUUAGUAACGAAAUUUUGCCAAUAUGCCCACCACAUUGGAAUUGUGCGAAAAAUAUUUCGGCACCAAAGACAUUUACAAAUUAAUGAAUCUCACAAAAGAUUCACUCCCAAAAGAUGUGAAAAAAGCCUAUCAUCGACUGUCAUUGCAAGUCCACCCGGACCGUGUUGCUGAAUCGGGAAAGGAGGAAGCCACCGAAAAAUUCAAAAUAUUGACCAAAAUUAAUGGCGUACUGACCGACUCAAGCAAGAAAGCAUUGUACGAUGAACAAGGAAUCAUCGAUGAUGAUGGCGAAAGCGAUCUCAACUGGGUGAAACUAUGGCGUGAAUACUUCAAACCAAUCACAACGACUGAUAUUGAAAAUUUCCACCAAAAUUAUAUCGGUUCUGAGACGGAAGAGCGUGAUAUUCGUAAGGCAUAUUUGGGUGGAAAUGGUUGCAUCAAUUUUAUGAUGGACAGUGUCCCAUUCAUGACAGUGGAAGAUGAACCACGAAUCAUGGCACUGGUCAAAGGAUGGAUUGCAUCGGGUGAUUUGCCGGAAUACAAGCUAUUCACAGAAGAGCCGGAGGCAAAACGUAAGCGACGUCACAAAAAAUAUGCCCGUGAAGCGAAAGAAGCAGAAGUGGCGAAAAAAGAGCUGGAGAAAAAGUCCAAAUCAAAUGGUAGCCUAGAGCAGCAAAUAAUGAGGCGUCAAGCGGAUCGUGAGGCAUCAGCAAACUGUUUCUUUGAUCGUCUAUUGGAAAAGUAUGGUGGUGCCGAUGAUUCGGAAGAAUAUGUAUUGCCAGGCAAGCGUUCGAAGAAGACGACAGCGAAAAAAGCCAGCGCCAAAGAGCCAAUCAAAAAAGUGAAAAGCGGCCGCGUCACAAAGAAAAAAUAGAGACAUUCAACAGUGAAUAAUUUAUUUUAAGUGAAAUAACAGCACCUCUGACAAAAAACAUAACCCAUACGCUAAGCACCAUCAACAUUUCAUUAUCAUAACAAACAACAUUCUUAAAUAUUAUUUUAAUAGGAAUGAAUAACUUUUCAAACAAAAACAAAGGAAAAAAGGUCAUUUUACUGUGUAUUCAAUCAAAUAAGAAUAUGGAAAUUAUUCGGUUGAAAAUCAUUAGGCAUGAAAGACCAAAUUUUAGUAAGCGUAAAAACGGAACAACAAAUAAAAAUUUAAUGUAGAAUUGAUUGAGAUGUAA